UUCAAUUAGCUCUCUCUCCCUAAAUAAAAAUAGGGAGACUGAAUUUCCCUUUUAUCUGUUCAGUCUUUUGGAUAUCUUUUAAAAAGUAUUCAUAUGGAUAGUGUGGAGAAGACAAGAAGGAAGCUCAAUGGAGAUUCCAAUAAUAUGAGUGAAAAUUUUGAUGAAAUUUGUGUUGAUUGGAGAGGCAGACCGUGCAAAAAUCACAAACAUGGCGGCAUGGCUUCUGCUGUCUUUGUUCUCGGACUUGAAGCAUUUGAGAUGAUGGCAAUUGCAGCAGUGGGAAACAAUCUGAUAACUUACGUGUUCAAUGAGAUGCAUUUCCCUUUGUCAAAAUCUGCAAACAUAGUCACAAAUUUUAUAGGAACUGUCUUUCUCCUCUCUCUCUUCGGGGGCUUCCUUUCUGAUUCUUAUCUCGGUAGCUUUUGGACGAUGCUCAUCUUCGGUUUUGUGGAGCUCUCUGGUUUUAUAUUACUAUCAGUUCAAGCUCAUCUUCCUGAAUUGAGGCCUCCUGAAUGCAACAUGGUGACAGAGAGCAAGUAUUGUGAGGAGGCAAAAGGGUACAAGAGUUUGAUAUUUUAUGUGGCACUGUAUUUAGUAGCAGUGGGAAGUGGAUGUUUGAAGCCAAAUAUAAUAUCUCAUGGGGCUGAUCAAUUCAAGGAGGAACCAAAGAAGCUCUCAACAUAUUUCAAUGUUGCGUAUUUUGCAUUUUGCAUUGGAGAGCUUGUUGCUUUGACAGUUGUUGUUUGGGUUCAAACACAUUCAGGGAUGGAUGUUGGAUUUGGAGUUUCGGCAGCUGCCAUGGCUGUGGGUUUAAUCAGCUUCAUUUCUGGUACUUGUGUUUAUAGGAAUAAGCCUCCUCGUGGAAGUAUUUUCACUCCAAUUGCUCAAGUUUUUGUUGCUGCAAUAACAAAAAGAAAGCAAGUUUGCCCUUCAGAUAUAGGGAUGCUCCAUGGAAGCCAAGAUACUUCCCAAAAUCACAUUUUAGCUACAUCACCAGACGUCAGAAGCCUCCUCCAUACAGAGAAGUUCAGAUUUCUGGACAAAGCAUGUAUAAAAAUGCAAGAUGGAACAAGGGAGAGUCCAUGGAGACUAUGCACCGUGGCACAAGUUGAGCAAGUGAAGAUAAUAAUCUCAGUGAUUCCCAUAUUUGCUUGCACAAUCAUUUUCAACACCAUUUUAGCACAACUUCAAACAUUCUCAGUUCAACAAGCAAGCGCCAUGAACACAAGAAUGACAAAUUCCUUUCACAUCCCUCCAGCUUCUCUUCAAUCCAUCCCUUACAUUUUGCUAAUAUUCGUCGUCCCUCUUUAUGAAACUCUCUUUGUUCCAAUUGCGAGAAAACUCACCAAGAGAGACUCAGGAAUUUCUCCUCUUCAAAGGGUUGGAAUUGGGCUCUUCGUGGCAACAUUUUCAAUGGUUGCAGCUGCAUUAGUAGAGAGAAAGAGAAGGAUUUCAGCCACACAUUUUAAUGAAAUUCUUUCAAUCUUUUGGAUUGCUCCUCAAUUUCUCAUAUUUGGACUUUCUGAGAUGUUCACAGCUGUUGGUCUCAUAGAAUUCUUCUACAAACAAUCCUUGGAAGGGAUGCAGUUGCAAUCCUUUUUGACUGCCAUGACUUAUUGCUCAUACUCGUUUGGGUUCUAUGUGAGCUCAAUUCUUGUGUCUAUAGUCAACGAAAUAACCUCAAGCUCUUCUCAAAGUGGAUGGCUAAGUGACAAUGACCUCAACAAGGACAAGCUAGACUUAUUUUAUUGGCUUUUGGCUACCCUAAGUCUCAUCAACUUUUUCAACUAUCUCUUUUGGUCAAGAUGGUAUUCUUAUAAUCCAUCUUUAUCACUCACUACUACUACUUGUACAAGAACUCCACAUGAAUCUCAUGGAGAAGACCUAGAAAACCAAAAGCUUCAAGCCUUACAAUCAUCUUAUAGUUAAUUAAUUAACAACUAUAGCUUGGUUGAAUGAAUUACAUUAGUAUAAUUAAGCUUACACCCACUUAGUGCUAUGUAAUAUGAGAUAACUCUAGUGUUUUAAUUAGUGAUUAUGUCCCCUUUCUUUUUGGUUUUUAAAAUAAGUGACUAUGUAAAGGAGAGUAUAUAUAAUGUCUGUAAUGGCCCCAAAUAAUUGUGUUUUAGUUGUUUUUCAAGAAUCUAUGAGAAAGUUGGAUCUAAUUCCAUCAA